CUGCCCUGCGACGGGUAAACCAGUUCCCAGGCUGAGCCACAUGGCCGCUGGGGGGCAAGUGGUGGGGAAGGGGAGGGGGGGAUGUCCGUGUGCAGUGGGGCGAGUCCCCUCCCCGCCCCACGCGACACGCCAGCUCCCCCCGAGGCAGGGCCCCGCACCCAAGGGUUGCCUCUGACUGCCCCCCCGCAUCUGGGGGCCUCAGCGGCAGGCAGUGGGGUGGGGUCGGGUGGGAGGAGGGGCGUGUCUCCCCAGAGAGGGUGUGGCCCAUGGUCCGGAGGGUCAGUCUCCCGGCCAGCGGGUCCCGCCGAGGGAGAGCUGACCCCGCUGCGGCCAGGCGGGUGGGCUGAGCGUGCGGAACGCCGACGGACCCAGCCGGCUCGCGGGGCUCCCAGCCAGCCCGCGUCCCUCCGGGCCGCACUUCCUCGGCAGCCCCGCCGCCCGCCCGGACGCGCCGCGCGCAGCCUCCGCCGAGCCGAGGUUCCAGCCAGAAGGAGCAGCCGCGCCUUAGGAUGGCCUCGCCCUCCCGCCCUCCCGCUUUCAGGCUCGAGACGUCAGAUGGAGGCCAAGAAAGUGGUGCCCAGGUGGACAGAGGAAAACUGGGCGGUGGUGCCGGGCCGCCCCCCAUGGAGUCACCAUUCCAGGGCGAGGACCGGAACUUCUCGCCUCAGAUCAAAGUGAACCUCAGCUUCCGAAAGGGGGCAGGUGCCAGCCAGCCAGACCCAAACCGCUUCGACCGUGACCGGCUCUUCAGCGCGGUGGCCCGGGGGGUCCCCGAGGACCUGGUGGGGCUACCAGAGUACCUGCGCCGGACCAGCAAGUACCUCACGGACUCGGAGUACACAGAGGGCUCCACGGGGAAGACAUGCCUGAUGAAGGCCGUGCUGAACCUUCGGAACGGGACCAACGCCUGCAUUGAGCCGCUGCUGCAGAUUGACCGGGACUCCGGCAAUCCUCGGCCUCUGGUCAACGCCCAGUGCACAGAUGAGUACUACCAAGGCCACAGCGCCCUGCACAUCGCCAUUGAGAAGAGGAGCCUGCCGUGUGUGAAGCUCCUGGUGGAGAAUGGGGCUGACGUGCAUGCCCAGGCCUGUGGCCAGUUCUUCCAGAAGAAGAGGCAAGAGACCUGCUUCUACUUCGGCGAGAUGCCCCUCUCUCUGGCUGCGUGCACCAAGCAGUGGGACGUGGUGACCUAUCUCCUGGAGAACCCGCACCAGCCCGCCAGCCUGCAGGCCGCCGACUCGCUGGGCAACACGGCCCUGCACGCCUUGGUGAUGAUCGCAGACAACUCGGCCGAGAACACGGAGCUGGUGACCCACAUGUAUGAUAGGCUGCUCCAGGCGGGGGCCCGCCUCUGCCCCACGGUGCAGCUCGAGGACAUCCCCAACCUGCAGGGCCUCACGCCCCUGAAGCUGGCCGCCAAGGAGGGCAAAAUUGAGAUUUUCAGACACAUCCUGCAGCGGGAGUUCCUGGAGCCGAGCCAGUCCCUCUCCCGCAAGUUCACGGAGUGGUCCUACGGGCCCGUGCGGGUGUCGCUGUAUGACCUGGCCUCUGUGGACAGCUGCGAGGAGAACUCCGUGCUGGAGAUCAUCGCCUUCCAUUGCCAAAGCCCGCACCGGCACCGAAUGGUGGUUUUGGAGCCGCUGAACAAACUGCUGCAGGCGAAGUGGAAUCUGCUCAUCCCCAGGUUCCUGUUCAACUUCCUGUGUUACUUGACCUACGUGUCCAUCUUCACCGCUGUCACCUACCACCAGCCUCCCCUGGACAAGGACUUCCUCCCGCUGGAGGUGACCGCUGGGAACUCCGUGCUGCUGCUGGGCCACAUCCUGAUUCUGGUUGUGGGGGCCAACAUCCUCAUGGGCCAGCUGUGGUACUUCUGGAGGCGCCGUCUGUUCAUCUGGAUCUCGUUCAUGGACAGCUACUUUGAAAUCCUCUUCCUGGUCCAGGCGCUGCUCGCCGUGCUGUCCCAGGUGCUGUGCUUCCUGGCCAUCGAGUGGUACCUGCCCCUGCACGUGUGCUCGCUGGCGCUGGGCUGGGUGAACUUGCUGUACUACAUGCGCGGCUUGCAGCACACGGGCAUCUACAGUGUCAUGAUCCAGAAGGUCAUCCUGCGGGACCUGCUCCGCUUCCUCCUGGUCUACUUAGUCUUCCUUUUCGGCUUCGCUGUAGCACUGGUGAGCCUGAGCCGGGAGGCCCAGGACCCCGGGGCCCCCGCGGGCUCCAACAGCACGGAGGCGGCGGGCGAGGGGGACGAGGAGGGCAGCACGGCCCCGUACGAGGGCAUCCUGGACGCCGCCUUGGAGCUGUUCAAGUUCACCGUCGGCAUGGGCGAGCUGGCCUUCCAGGACCGGCUGCGCUUCCGCGGGGCGGUGCUGCUGCUGCUUCUGGCCUACGUGCUGCUCACCUACGUCCUGCUGCUCAACAUGCUCAUCGCGCUCAUGAACGAGACCGUCAGCAGCGUCGCCAGCGACAGCUGGAGCAUCUGGAAGCUGCAGAAAGCCAUCUCUGUCCUGGAGAUGGAGAACGGCUACUGGUGGUGCAGGAGGAAGAAGCAGCGGGCAGGUGUGAGACUGACAGUUGGCACCAGGCCGGACGGUCGCCCCGACGAGCGCUGGUGCUUCAGGGUAGAGGAGGUGAACUGGGCUGCGUGGGAGCAGACGCUGCCCACGGUGCGCGAGGAGCCCGCGGGGCCAGGCGGCCCUGGCCGUACCCGUGCCCCCGGGGUCAAGGCCCAAAGCCGCUGUCCAGCCCCCUCCCCGCACCUCCCUCCAUGUGCCGGCCGGUCCCUCCACAGUGCUCCUCGUCCCUUCCUUUCCUGGGCUCCUGUCUCUGUAAGUGCCCUGCCAUCCUCUGGGCGUCCCUGCCCCACCUUCCCCACCGCUGGCGGUGGGGUCUCCUCUCUCCUCUGAGCACCUGACGCUCCCCUCCCUCUGGCUCCUCAGCACAUCACCUCGGGUGUGCUGGCUUCUAACACAAAGGCCUGUCACCUGCAGGGACUUUCAGCUCCUGGGAGGAGGUCCCUGACUGGCACCUGGCAGGGGUUCAGGAGGUGCUUGCGGAAGCAGGGAGGCAGGAGAGGGAUUGCUGGGGACCCCGAGGCUGCUGUCCCCUGGCGUGAUGUGGUUUCAUGGCUGUGGCUUCCUCCUGUUUCCCUGGUGCCUGCGUCCUGGGGACACUC